CGCAAAGAAAAACAUUCUUAUACUGUUUUGUUGGUCUCAUUCUUGUGGCAUGUGUAUAUUAUUGUGUUAUUAAUAGCUUCGUCUUUGAUAGCUACUAAUUGUCAAAUAUAUAUAUAAUCGAAAUGUUCUUCGUAUAAAUUGUGAGAAUUAAAUAGAAAUGUCUCAAUAUAGAAAUAAUCCUAAUCCGGCGAAAGAGCUCCUUGUGACUCACGUAAAAGGAGAAGGACCCAUUUUAAAGAUAUGGGGAUUGACUCCCAAUUCAAUUGAAUUAGUGAAAAAUUUCGAAUAUUUUUUUCUAACCCAUAAAGAGGAGUUGGACUGUACAUCGGGAUUUAUGCGAACCGAUCAGCUUUCAAAUGGAUUGCAUUAUGCUGUUCGCUCUAAAAUCAAAAAUCAGUGGUGUCGAGCUGUUGUCUUGUCACCAUUGGGACCGUCAAAUGUUUUAGUUCGUCUUAUAGAUUAUGGGCCUGAAGAACAAAUAUCCGUAGCUGACGUGAGACAAUUGGAAAAUCCUAUUUGUCGUUAUGAAGGUCAGGCAUCUGAAUGUAUCUUGGCCGACGUUGAGCCAAGUGAUCAUAUUCAGUGGUCACGGGAGGCUAUUAAGCGGUGUGAAAAUGAACUUAUGCUCAACACUAUGUCAUUGUUAAUAAUAUCUAAUUUCCAAAAUAUUCCUAUUGUGCGCAUUGCUAAGAAAGGUGAAAGUGAACCUUUUGUUCAGAGGUUAAUUAAUGACGAUUUGGCAGUUAUCAAAAAUGCAAAUCCUGCAAAUUAUAAUAUGAAUACUUCAAAUUACAAUUCGAAUACUGCAAAUUACAAUACGAAUACUGCAAAUUACAAUAUGAAUACUCUAAAUCCCAGCACCUCUCAUCUUGUGAAAAUUUCCUGUAUUGAGAACGCACAAAAAUUUUAUGUGCAGCUUUCUGCAGCCGAAUUAGAGUUAAAUAAGCUAAUGGAAGAGAUACAAAUCUUUGCUUCUAGACCAGAAAAUUUACGUCCUCUCAUCACACCUCAGCUAAAUCAGCCAUGUUUAAGCAGCCACAAGCAGCGUUAUUACAGAUGUCGUAUUGUAUCAUUUAAUCAAAGUGGUUGUCACGUGUCCUUCGUGGAUUACGGUUUCACCGAAAUCAAAGCUUUUCAAGACCUAAAGAUGAUGAACCCUCGAUUUUUACAACUCUAUGCUCAAGCUAUAUGUUGUACAAUGCCGAAAAAAUUUGACAUCGCAAAAGAUGAUUUUUGGCGAGUUUUAAAUCAAUAUCCCUCCUUAGAGUGUGAAAUUUUGGCACAUACUGGUGAGGCUUAUGUUGUUCUACUAAAAUACCACGGUAAAGAUGUGUUCUUACCAUUCAUGCAAAAAAGUGUACUGUUUUCAUCGUUGCCUUUUACUUACAACAAAUUAGUUUGUAAUGAGAGGUGUGAAGUAAAUAUUGGUUACAUCAACGACAUUUCCGAAUUCUUCUGUCAAUUAGUGCAAAGCAAGCAGGAAUUGGACGCCAUUUCCUCGAGGCUGAGUUUCGGAAAUGAUUUGAGGCCGAUAAGUCUUCAGGAAUGCCUACCAAAAUCGCCUGUCUGCGCUAAAUUUUCUGAAGAUAAUGAAUGGUAUCGGGCAGAGAUAGUUAAAGUCAAUCAUGAACGAGAUAUCGAAGUUUUUUUUGUUGAUUUUGGAAACUUUGAUAAUGCUACAUUGAAAGAUCUGAGAAAAAUAACUGAAGAAUUGCUCAGCUAUCCAGUUCAAGCUUACAAGUGCAAUUUAGCUGACAUUGAUCUUCCCACCGAAUCCUCCCAAAAAGAUAAAAUGUUAGAUUAUUUUGAAGAAUUGACUGCCGGGCAAUCUUUUCAAGCUUUUGUGAAAGACAUUAAAGACAACCAUAUGGGAAAAAAUUAUUCUGUUGUCCUUCAAGACAAAUCUAGCUCGACAUCGGUCAACGAUAAGAUUCGAAAUAAAUUUUCUAAUCUGGCCGUUAUUCCCAUUGCUGAAGUUGAAAUUUUAUACAUUACUAGUUUUACUUCUCUAGAUUCUUUCUUUGGGCAGUUUGAGAAGUUGAGUUCGUCCAAACUUGAAGAAAUGCAAGAGGAAAUAAAUGAGUUCUACAGCGAGGCUCAAAAUACCACCUUCAAACCAAAGACAGGAGAUAAAGUUUGUGCCAAGUACGAAGCUGACAAUCAAUACUAUAGAGCGAGAGUAGAAGCUUGCUCUGGAAGCGAAUGCAAAGUCGUUUUUCUCGAUUACGGAAAUCGAGAGUUAAUUUCUGUGAAAGACAUUCACCCGAUGAAUAAACAGUUUUUUAAGUAUCCAUUGUUUGGUGUGGAAUGUGGUUUUAACAGCUACCCAGAAGCUACACCCAUUUCUAAAGUUCGAGAUCUCAUGUUAGAAAAUUCAAUUCAAGCUAAUAUGAUUGAAGAAAAGAACAACAAGUGGCUAAUAUCAUUAAGUGAGGAUUUUUCUCCUAAUGUCCAUGUCUUAGAGAUAUUACGUCAGCAUGAAAAGGUUGUUCCUAGAUCUUUUCAAGUUACCACAAGUUUUUUAUGAAACAUAUGGCUUAUGUUUUUGCUGUCAACUUCUGGGUAGCUCAUCAUCUAUUUGUACUGCUGAUGUUAGUGAAGCUUUCCAGAAUAUUGUCGAUGAAGCUGGCCAGGAUAUGACCGCAAAGAUAGAUCAAGUACUCAAAGAAGCCUAUGUCAUCACUCUCCUUUAUGAAGUAAAUGACGUUGAAAAGAAUGUGUCCGAAAUCUUGUUUCCUGUUCAGUUAGAUGUCUCACCAUGUCCAGUUCUAGAGACUGCCAACUUUUUGCCGCCGGAUGUUCCGCUAGGACUUCAAGAAGGUUAUGUUUCAGUAGUCAACUCUCCUCAUGAUUUUUUCAUUCAAUUGGCUAGUUGUGAAGAUAAGUUAACUGGACUUUCUACAGAAUUGUCCGAAAUAUGCGAAGUCUUGGGUGAUGGUCAAUACGUGGUGGAAUCUCCAACAAUUGGCCUUGCUUGUGCUGUUAAAUAUUCUGAAGAUGAAAAUUGGUACAGAGCUGAGAUUAUAAAUUUGGAUGAUUCCACUGUUGAUGUUCUUUUUGUUGAUUAUGGUAAUGUGAGUACAGUUCUCAAGAAAGACCUGAAGGUACUCGAUGAAAAUUUUCUCACCUCUCCACCCUAUGCUAUCAGAUGCAAAUUAAAUGGGAUUGUGCCUUGCAAGGGAGACCAGUGGUCUGAAACAGUGAUAAAUACAUUUCAAGAGUCAGUACUGGAUGCAGUUUUGGGAAUAACAUUUAUAUGCAAGGAUAUACCAGCCGUUGUAAAUUUAUCUAAAGAAGAUAAAGACAUAGGUCAGGUCUUAGUGGAUUUAGAGCUAGCCAAUGUGGAUACAUGUGCUGAAACUGAUGAAGCCUAUACUGAUGAUCACCUUGCUGCACCUAUUGAAGAUACCCUUCAUUCCAUACCAAUAGAUCAGAGCUAUCCUAAACGAAAACUUACAUCUACCAAGUUACCAGUUAAGAUAUGCUACGUUGACUCUUACACUAGAUUUUACGUCACGCCUUUAGAACUGAGCACUGAGUUAGACACGGUGAUGAAGACUCUUGAAAUACUUUACACUCAGUGUGCUGACAAAUUGGAGAGUAGUCCGACCUGUCUUGAAGAACCUAAGGCUUUUUUACCUUGUGCUGCACAGUACAGUGAAGAUGAAGCCUGGUAUAGAGCACUCAUUACAGAAAUUGAUGGUGAUAAUAUAUAUGUCACCUUUGUUGAUUAUGGCAAUUCGGAAGUAUCUUCUCUCAAAAGCCUGAAAACACUAACUCCAGAACUUUUGAAAAUUCCUCCCAUAGCGAUGGAAUGCAGCUUAUAUGCUAUUCAAGCCAUUGAGGGAAAGGACCAAGACUUGUUGGCAAAAUUGGAAGAGUAUUUUGUGGAUGAAGUCGUGCUUGAGAUGGAGGUGUACAAACCUGAAGAACCUUAUAAAGUGAGAUUGUAUCACAGUGGCUCUGAUAUUGCCGAGUUAUUUUGCGAAGACGGCUUAGCUAAAGAAGUCAUUCCACCUCCUGAAGUCGAUCUGAGCUCAAAUUUUACUGACGAUCUUAAAAAGAGCCUACUCGACGCUGCUGAUAAAAAACAGGAUGCUGAAUUUCAGGUGCGAGAAAUGCCUCAAGUUGAAGAACUUACUGUAAAUGUUAAGCAUUGUGAGGUUGUCAAUGAGAAAAUAGUUUUGUUUGCCGUUCCUGUGGACUCUGAAGAAAAUCUAGCCAAUUUUCAAGAGAAAUUACAGGAUGCUUAUAGUGAAAAUCAACCGUCAUUAGAAAACACGUGCGUCUCAAAUUGUUGUGUUGCUAAAUAUGCUGAAGAUGAUAACUGGUACAGGGCGAAAAUCCUAAAUUGUGAUGAAGAAGGAAUUAAAGUUCAGUUUGUUGAUUAUGGAAAUAUUGAGACAGUAAACAGCGACGAUUUAAGAGAAAUUUUACCAGACUUUCUUAGUGAACCAGUUUAUUCUACGAAGUUUUGUCCCUUAGGCUUGGUAGUGGUAAAACCAGACGAAGUUCGAGAAAAACUAGAUGGUAGUCUUUAUGAUAAUCCUGUAAACUUGCGUUUGUGUAAAUAUUGUCAGAGUCCAAAUAGUUUAUGUUUUACUUCUUUAAUUUGUGAAUCUGAAGAUUUGUUAGAAAAUUUUUUGAAUGAAAAUAGUUUAUCUCAAAUCUUCAUCUUCAAUAAUUCUCUUGGCCGAAAAUUUGAUGGUGUUAUUGAAAGCUUUAUUGGAAAUAUAUUCUAUAUUUUACCCACAGAUUUGUUUAAAGAAAGAGAGGAAUUGCUAACCCAAUUAAUGAAGCAUUUCAAAGAUGUCAGCACCUCUUUGGAUGAGGUUAAGCCGUCCCUUUUGUAUGCUGCAAAAAUAGAGGAUAAGUGGAAUCGGGUGUCCAUCAUAAGUUUGUCUAAAACUGAUUCUCUAGUUCUCUGUGUCGAUUAUGGUGUUAAUUCUACUGUUGAGCUUUCAAAUUUGGCUCUCUUGCCUUUAGAAUUUCAUCAUAAGCCAUUAUUGCUACAUCCUUGCACCAUUAAAGACUAUGAAGAUAUGCCUUUAGAGUGUCGUGAAAUAAUAUUAGAAGGAAUUGAGAAUGGUAAAACGUUUAAAUUUGAAAUAGAUAAUGAUUAUUCUAAUGAUCUUAUGUUAGAAGUCAAGAUAGUGGCUGAAAAUUCUAUUAAUGUUCCAGAAAGUGAUAAGGAUCAGAAAUGCAAGAAUCCUGAUGAUACUGCCGAUGAUUCUAUUAGUACUAACCAUGGCCCUAAUGAUCCAGAAAUUUCUGAAACCUUAUUAUUGAAAACUAAAUCAGAGUCAGAAGAAAUAUCUCCAUCUGAGGAAAACGAAGAGCACAUGUGUAAAAUGUUAGGAGAAGUUGGUGUAUCUGAUGUUAUGGCAUCUUGUGUGGAUGAUGCCAAAUAUUUAGAAGCACAUGAUGAUAAUGAGAGCUCUAAAAUAGCCAGAGAUGUGAGCAAUAAUGAAGAAAUCUUGUACUGCCCUCAACCACCUGAAAGUGUUUUCAUGGGUGGCAAAAAGGAAAUUUCUACCGAUAUAUAUGAUGGAACUAAUUGUGAAAUAUUAGAUUAUGGUAAUGGAAAAGAAUACUCUGAAUCAGAUCAAAGGGAUGAAGCCAGUAAAAAUGACCAGUAUGAUUAUUCGGAACAUGCAUUUGAAGGUCAAGAAAAAAUUUCCAAAAAGACCAAUUCCAAUUUUGAUGAGUGUGAAGAUGAUGCUAGAAGUGAUAUUAGCCCCGACAGUACUGAAUUACAAGAUAGUGAAUGCGAACGAGCUCGUGAACUCUCUGAUGUGGAAUCUGAAAUUAAAACGUCCAACAAGCAAGGAAAUGAAAGAAAAGAGACCUUCCCUGAAAUAGAAAUUUCCAAUUUGUCCAAUGAAGAUCUAGAUUUAAAUCUUGAUGGUCGAAAUAACUCUUUGCAGGAGCCUGAAAGUUCAUGUUUAGAACAUUGCAAUGAAACAGAGGAUAGUUCUCAAGAACCUGAAAGUUCCUGCUUUGAACUUUCUACUGAAACAGAAGAUAUUUCUCAAGAACCUGAGAGUUCUUGUUUAGAACAUUUGAAUGAAGCAGAAGAUAUUUCUCAAGAACCUGAGAGUUCCUGUUUAGAACAUUUGAAUGAAGCACAGAAUUUUUCUCAAGAACCUGAAAGUUCCUGCUUGGUUGAUGCAGAGGACUUUUCUCGAAAGCCUGAAAGUUCAUGUUCAGAAAAUUUAAAUGAUGCAGAGAAUUUUUCUCAAGAACCUGAGAGCUCCUGUUUAGAACAUUUGAAUGAAGCACAGAAUUUUUCUCGAGAACCUGAAAGUUCUUGCUUGGUUAAUGCAGAGAACUUUUCCCAAGAGCCUGAAAGUUCCUGUUCAGACAAUUUAAAUGAUGCAGAGAAUCUUUCUCAAGAACCUGAGAGUUCCUGUUUAGAAUAUUUGAAUGAAACAGAAGAUAUUUCUCAAGAACCUGAGAGCUCCUGUUUAGAACAUUUGAAUGAAGCACAGAAUUUAUCUCGAGAACCUGAAAGUUCCUGCUUGGUUAAUGCAGGGGACUUUUCCCAAGAGCCUGAAAGUUCCUGUUCAGACAAUUUAAAUGAUGCAGAGAAUCUUUCUCAAGAACCUGAGAGUUCUUGUUUAGAAUAUUUGAAUGAAACAGAAGACAUUUCUCAAGAACCCGAGAGUUCCUGUUUAGAACAUUUGAAUGAUGCACAGAAUUUUUCUCAAGAACCUGAAAGUUCUUAUUUAGUUGGUAAUGAGGACUUUUCUCCCGUUCCUGAAAGUUUAUGUUCAGAAAAUUUAAAUUAUACAGAAAACUUUUCCCAAGAACCUGAAAGUUCAUGUUUAGAACAUUUGAAUGAAGUAAAGAACAUUUCUCAGGAACCUGAAAGUGCACGAUUAGAAGAUGUGAAAAGCACACCAAAAGUGGAAGCUGAAAGCCUAUCUGAGAUAAUCCCUGAAACUUCUAUUAAAAUACAAAAUGACGGCAAUGUAGUUGAAGAAAAUGAUUGGGAUGAAAGACCAGAAUGUGAUAUAAAACAAGAACUUUUGGCACAUGGUAAAUGUUCUGUGCCUGCGAAUGUUGCUGCAGAAUGUGAAGGACAUGGUGAUCAUAACUUACCUUUAAAGGAAGGGUCUAUAACAGAUAAUUCUUCAGAAAAUCAAAGUGAUGUAGUUAGUGAUUUAGAAUCAAAUUUAUCUGAAACUGUAAACAAUCAUGACCCACAAAAUUUCACAAUUAAUGAACAAAAUACUGUGAGGCAGCUUUCUGAACUUGCAGGAGAAGCAUGUGCCCAACAAAGUAAACUAACAGAUCCUCCAUACAGAUUAUCUGACGGAAAUGUCUUCGUCUCUCACAUCACUGUCUCUGGUGGCUCUAUUGUGUUUCCCGCCAUUCCCAAAGGUCUACUGCCCAAACUUUGCCUAUUCAAAGGAUCUUUGCAACAAACUUACUCUCUUGAAAUGCCAAUUCCUGAUUCUGUAUCUGUUUCAGAUUUAUAUGCAGUGUUCUAUGAAGGCGAAUGGUACAGGGGAAAAGUUUUAGGCACCAAACAGAAAUUGGUCACUCUCCUAUUCAUAGACAAUGGUUUAUGCCCCAAUAUUGAAAUGACGGCUGUCCGGUACUUAAAUGAGGAGCACAAAGCUGUACCCCCGUUCGCCUUGUGGUGUGUUUUAGCAAGUGCCUUCUGCCUUCCACACAAUGAACAGAUACUGCAAGUGUUUCUGGAUGCUAUGUUAAAGGAUGCAUCAAACACAAAGCAGGAUAUUGCAGUGAGGGUGAUCCAAGAAGGAGAGCCCUAUAAGGUCAGUUUAUUAAUUGAAGGUAAUGAGCUUCUGAAUGUGCUACUGUCGGAAAAACAAAUCAUCCAGCAGCUGGACAGUGCUUUGAUCCCACCCGGAGAACACCUUGCAAAAGUGUCGUGUUUAAACUCGGCAGGCAGCCUAGAGAUGCACGUUAACCUCGUGUCUGAACUCGAAAAAUUGAAAGAUUUGAAUAGUUCCAUGCAGCUUACGUACAACACAGAUAAUCCAAAGUCACCUAUAAUUGAGUCUGCUGUUUAUGCUGUGCAACACAGAGGUGUUUGGAGAAGAGGUCAAGCUGUUACUUCUCCUACUGGAAUGCAUAUUCAUCUAGUGGAUUCAGGGGAAAAAACAGACAUUGAGGAUGUUUAUCCUCUUUUACCCGAGCACUGCAUACUUCCACCCUGUUCUAUUCCGUGUGAAUUGGGCACAGAUGCUAUUGUUGCCAAGUGUGAUCCCUCUGACGUUCUAGAAAUGCUUAAUGAAAAAGAAUUUAAAGUUCAGGUUGAAGCUUCCACGGCAAAGUUGGCUGAUGAACAGUUUUUAAUUCACCUCAAAGAAAUUUUAGCAUCUCUCCCUGCUAAGCAUUAGGUAAAAUCAUAACGAGACUUCAUUUUUUAUUUUUUGUUAUAAUUUGAGAAACAAGAAAGCAUUAUAGAUUUUGUACAGACUUCAUUUAUCCUUUAAUUCUCUUUUCAAUUAUUGAUCUUGUCACCUUUUCAUAGUUUUGCUUCGGAAGGACGCAGAGCUUCUUUUUUUUCUUUUCAGUUUGCUCCUGUAUUAACAUUACUUUCAAAUAACUGUGUAUAUGAAAAAGAAAAGACAUUAUUUUAUGUGUAAGCUGAGUUUACCAGGAGAAAUAAUGUAAAUAAAUAUUUUUUGCUACUUU